AAUCCACCUGAUUAUAAUUAUGUGAAUGCAAAUUAUGCUGGGGUUAACUUUUGCCCCUAGCAACAAUGAGAGAGGAGCAUAUUAAAAAGUUUAAAGUGACCUUGGGUGAGGUCACUUCUUAGCUCACCAUUCUUGUAAUUGAAAGAGAUCGAUAUCAAUUUUGAAGGAAUCUUUGGCAUCUUAGUUAGCCAGCUCGAUCAUAUCUUCUUCCUCGAUCUUCUUUAAAGUUUGAAUUAGCUGACCAGCUAUUCACCAAGUCUUUGAUUUUGUUUUUGCAAUGUUUCCUUUACACCAGGGAAAUAAGCUGGUCUUCCAGAUUUCAGCAUCUAAUCCUCACCACCAGAAUUCAUCAGAAGAUAGAAUUCUCGGUUAUGCUUCUCCGGAUGGCUGCAGCAGUACCGUGCUUAGCAACAACAGUAGCAUGGCGGGGAAAAGGCGGCGACGGAAAUCAGUGGUUGCAGGUUUGGAUCAGACAGUUAUUGAAAAUUCAAAGGACAACAAGAAAAUGAUGAUUCAUAGGGAGAAUGAGAGGCAAAGAAGGCAAGACAUGGCUACCUUAUAUUCCUCUCUUAGAUCCCUUCUCCCUCUCGAAUUCGUCAAGGGAAAGCGUUCGACGUCUGAUCACAUGAACGAAGCUGUGAACUACAUAAAACACCUCCAGAAUAGGAUAAAAACAAUAGAUGCAAAGAGAGAUGAACUGAAGAAAUUCCCUAAAACAAGCACUGUUAUUGACCGUCGCUGCACUACGGGAAGCUCCUUGAAUUCAGAUAUGGUGAAUUUGUCUAGCUGUUUUACAGUCCAACCAAGUUGUGGUGGAGUUCAAAUUUUGGUGAGUAGCGGCUUCAGAGAGGAGGGUUCACCACUCAUCUCAAUCUCAAGCGUUUUGGAAAUGCUGCUUGAACAAGGGCUUACUGUUGUUAGUUGUCUCUCCUCCCAAGUAAAUGAAAGACUCCUUCACAGUAUCCAAAUUGAGGUCAAUGAUGUGGAAACUAUAUAUCUUUCUGCGCUGGAACAGAAGCUAGCUAAAGUGUUUCCAACAUCCAGAAGUACUAUCUCCAAGUGAUGAUACUACUCAAUCUAAUUGUAUUAAUUCAUAACGACUCAUAAUUGAGUAACUAAUUGCAGUUUACCUCGUAAGUACUA